AUGUCUACAAAAACCACUCCUCCUCCAUCUUUCUACUCUUUUACUUCAAAUUCUCUUCCCAUUAUGGAUUCUCCUUCCCAUUCUCUGUUUCCCUUCACCGUUUUCCCCCCUCCCUCUCCCUCCCAUUCUUCCCUUCCGCCCCCCAAUUCCCGCCGGAAGCGUACUAAGUUCAUCAAACCCACCGCCGCCCCUCUUCAUUCUCCCUCCACUCCCAAGUCCAAGCACGCCAAGAAACCGGACCCGACCGCUCCCAAGAUCACUCGCCCCUGUACUGAGUGCGGCAAGACGUUCUGGUCAUGGAAGGCUCUGUUCGGCCACAUGCGCUGCCAUCCUGAGCGUCAAUGGCGAGGAAUCAAUCCGCCGCCGAAUUUCCGCCGAUCGACUGCCACUGACGAAGAUCACGAAAUCGCUGCCUGUUUGAUUAUGCUAGCGAAUGGCCCUAAUGCGAUCGAUCCAACUGAAGCGGUUACUGAAACGGACGGUGAUUGUCGAGAAAAUCAAGAAUUGACGGCGUUAGUGUUUGAACAGAUAGAUGAUGAUGAUGAUGAUCAUGGUUAUUUGGACUUGAAUUUGCCUCCUCCAAUGGAAGACAUUGAAGAACGUUCAUCAUCCUAUUGUUCAGGGAUUGUUUUGGAUCUGAGAUUAGGGCCUAAUUAA